GAAAAGAAACGGUGAAACCGAAUCCUUCUGUCGUCGUCCUGAGUUCGAGAUUUAAUGGCUGCACAUCCGACUUCGGAGCCGGCCGUGAAUCUCCCGACGACGCCACAAGUCGCAGAGCCCUUAGGUGUAACUCUCCUUGUUCGGCAUCUUCCUGAUGGAAUCCCUCAUGAUAUUGUCUCUCGGCUCUUUUCUCAGUACGGAGCUUAUGCCGUUCGUCCUUGCUCCGGUGGAAGAUUAAGGAAUGCUGCAUUUGUGGAUUUCAAGAAUGAAGCUAUUGCUUCUCAAGCACAUCGUCAGUUAAAUGGGUUGAGGUUUCUUGGUAAAGUUCUACAAGUACAGAGAGCUAAUAAACCUAGUGAGAAUAAGAAGCCUCGUCUAAAUGAAGAAUCUGGAAAAGAUGGUCAACCGUUAGUAUUCUCAACCGUUAGCAGCAGCAAUAAUGAUUCAAAAUCUGGAGAAGGACUUGCUGGUGAACCGAUAGCUCCUAAACUUGGCAUAAACUAUCCAUUCCCUCCUCACCUGCAAUAUGCUUACCCACCACCCGAUGCAAACAUAUUAGCCAACAUUACUAAUGCCCUUAUUGCUGUCCCACCUUUAUACACCCAGGUGCUGCAUCUAAUGAACAAAAUGAAUCUUCCACCUCCUUUCCGCCUCGCCUUGCCCACACCACCUCUACCUAAAGCAGCCCAGCAACCAACUGAGGUGGAUCAUCAAUCUAGUAGCGAGUCAGAGAUGGAGUCUGAUGAGGAUACAGGUGCAUCAAAAGCAAGAAGGAAGCGUGCUAGACAUGAAACUCUUGUCGGUCCUGGUGUGGACAAGAAUGUGCCACAUGAGACUGUCGGAGUGAAGCCCUCGUCUUUGACUCCCAAAGAGAUGCCUCGGAUAAGAAAGAAUAAACAUGUUAUGCAGAUCAAGAUUACUCAAAAAGUUGCUCAAGACGAGCGUAAAGAGGAUAUUGAGCUUGAAGGCCCUGCAGAGGAGGAGCCUAGAGAAGAAGCUUCAAAUUUGAAACCCUUUGCAAGUUUAGAGGAGUUGGAGAAGGGAAGGCUACCUCCGCAGGAUAUUCUUUCACUGCCUAUGUUCAAGAACUACACAGCUGGGAAUCCCUCGCUUGUGCUGUAUAUUAAAAAUCUUGCCAAAGAUGUUAUCACUGAUGAUUUCUAUUACAUAUUUGGAUCACAAUUUGGAAGCAUCGAAGCAGCUAAAUCCAGUCUUGGUGUGAGGCUGAUGCAGGAAGGAAGGAUGAGAGGGCAAGCUUUUUUGACAUUUCCAUCAGUUGAAGUGGCACAUCGUGCUCUGAAUCUUGUAAAUGGUUUUGUGUUCAAAGGAAAACCAAUGAUUAUCCAGUUUGGUAGGAAUCCUGGAUCAGCCAAGCCAAACGAAUGAUGUGGUGCUUGAUUUGUAGGCUGUGGUUUGGAGAGUGGUUCUUUGAGCUUGUAGUGUUUAAUAAGAAGCUGAUGGAGUUAGAGUGAAGCCAUGGAGGUGCUUUUGCCUAACAUCUUUUGUGGUUCUGGGAGAUGUUCAGAUUCUCAUAGAUUUAGGAGACUAAUGGAUGUUAGAGGUGUAGCUAAACUUCCACACCAUUCACAAUUAACAAAGCAGAACUUAUAAGAAUCUUCUUUUUAUUUUAAGUCUUGUAAUUAAGACUCCAACCUCUCCAGUGUGUUGAUCAUAACUUUUUUCUCAUGAA